AUGUCUGAAAAUAAGGAUUAUUAUGAAGAGCGAAAUUAUAAUUCUUUGAAUAGAAAAGAUUAUAAUUCCAUUUAUAAGAAAGUUUUAUGGCCAAUAAAUCAUGGGAUUUAUGAUUUUGAUGAUAAGAAUUUAAAGAAAGAGUUAUGUUUAAUUGUAACUAAUAUUCCUGUUGAAUGGACUAAACAUGAUGUUGUUUGGUUUUUUAGGGAAUAUUUUUAUCGUUUAGCCAUUAAUCAGAAUAUUUUCUUCCCUCUUAUAGAACAUGUAUAUUUAUUAAAAAAUCAACCUUCAGCUAUUUUGGCUUGUCAUGAUGGUAUAUCAAGAGAAACCAUUCAAAGUUUAUCUCAUUUCAUUUUGAAAAGUAUGAAAAAUAAAAAAAAAAUUCAUUUGAAUAUAGAACCAUAUUAUAAAAAGAAUAAUGAUGAACAAAAAAAAAAGGAUAAACACGAGACACAUGAGGAUACAUAUGACAGAAAAGAAAAGGAUAGUGAAGUUGAAUUAGAUAGCCACAAUAAGAACAAUAAUGGUAUGGAACAUGAAAAUGAUAUUGUAAGUAAGAUGAGAAAGAUAUCAUUAACACCCCCACGAGAUAAUGGUAUGGAGUGGCCAGAUGACCUAGAUUUAAGAAAUUGCUACAAUAUAGAAAUGAGAAAAAAGUUGUGCGUUUUUGGUCGUUAUAAGCCGUUGCACUGGGGUAUAAAAGAAAUGUCUAAAUUUCUGAAAUAUUAUUUUGAAUGUUUAAAAAGAGAUCAUGAAAAUUUUGAAAUCCCUGAAAUUUGUGAUAUGUGGGCUGAUAAAGGCACACACUUAGUAACAUUAGCCUGUAAAAAUGAAAUCUCUCGUUUUAACAUGUUACUUAUAAGAGCAUGUUAUUUGAAUGACGAAGAUGCAAAAUACAAUAUGAAAAAUUCAUUGCGUGUUUGGAUUGAAUUUGAAAAAUGGACAUCUUAUAAGAAUACGGCAAAUAAAAAUUUUAAAAAUUUUAAGUUAGGAAAAAAUGAUAACAAUAAAUAUUCAUCUUUUAUUCACGAUCAUAUGAUUGACAAAAAUUAUAGAAGAAAAUUCUCUCAAAAACCAUAUUAUGAUGAUUUUCAAAGAUAUAAACCCAGUUAUAUUAAAACAAGUAAUCUGAAUACUUUUAAGUCUUAUAAUCAUAAUAAUUUUUUCCCUAAAGAUUAUAAAUAUAGACGCAAUACUGAUUAUUCACGUAACAUACAAAAUAAUAGAUCACCAUCUCCUCAUUAUAGUAAAUAUAAAAAAAAUUAUUCAAGAUCGUUAUCAUCAGAAAAUUAUCACAUGAAGAAAAUAAAAAGAUCUAAAUCGUUUGAUGAACAUAGUAAUAGGGGCAGAAACAUGGAUUAUAUUUCAUCACAAAAUAUGACACAGCAUUAUAAAAAAUUCUCAGAUUCGUACUCGAGAAAAUCAUGA